AUGACUCAGGCUACUUGGAGGCAGUUCUUCUCGUACAGCAAGUAUACGCAGGUGGCCGCUCGAGCGGUUCGCCAGUCGUUGAAGGAGACCGAGCGUGUGGAAGCAGAGCGCCGUGCCUUCCAGGCGCUUCGCUACCAGGAGUGGAAGAACGGCGAGGCUAGUGAAAACAUCAGUCUUGCUCCGCCUGAGAAGUAA